AUGAAGGAAGCAGAGACUGGUUAUGACUCUCCAUCCUACAUCUUUAUAAAUAGAGGUGCUCUCCUUUCAUAUUUUUCCAUCAGGACAUUGAAGCACACAAGCUCUAGAGCUCUGAAGAUCAAAGCCCUCAAGCCCUUCAAAAGUCUUCAAGUCUGCAUCCAGCGAGAAAGUUCUUCAGAUCAAUCCAGCGAGAAGGCCCUUCAAAAGUCUUCAAGUCUGCAUCCAGCGAGAAAGUUCUUCAGAUCAAUCCAGCGAGAAGGUUCUUCAGAUCAAAGCUUCAAGGCUCCGAAGAACAUUCAAGUCAAGUCUACAUCAAACAAGACGUUUUUUGACUUAGUGGGCUACGUGUUUUGUUGUUGGGUUUUACUGGGUUACGUGGCAAUAGGGAGCAGAAAGAGCAGGAGGAUAUCAUGCAGAAAAGAGAGAGAGCGAGACUUUGUUAGAGAGAGAGGUUUUGGCAAGUGCUGUUUGGUCGAUUGUCGCCGUUUGCGUCCCAGAUUUCAGCAACUACUGCUUCUCUGUUUCAUCCUGUUUGCUUCUAGGAUUUGUGCUGUUUGUUUUGCUCUGUUCAGUUACUUGGGUGUCGUUGUACCUGUUGGUAGGAGGUAUCUCCUUUGUACAGUUGGAUCUGUGUACAUCAAGUCUAAGGAAGCUCCUGCGAAGGAUGUCCUUAAGGAUCUUGUGCAAAUGUGCCGUGGCAUACAACACUCUAUAAGUGGGCUUUUUUUGAGGAGUUAUCUUUCUCAGGUCAACAGGGAUAAUUUACUAGAUAUUGGUUCCGAAUAUGAAGGGGAUGCUGACACUGUCAUGGACACCGUGGAGUUCAUCCUCCAGAACUUCACAGAGAUGAACAAACUAUGGGUGCAGAUGCAUCAUCAGGGACCUGCUCGGGAGAAGGAGAGAAGAGAAAAGGAAAGGAGCGAGCUUUGCGAUCUUGUUGGGAAGAACCUGCAUGUCUUCAGUCAGAUUGAAGGUGUUGACCUUGAUAUGUACAGAGAAACUGUGCUUCCCAGAGUCUUGUAGUAGGUCGUCAAUUGUAAAGAUGAGCUC